GUUAAUUAAUUAUAUGACUAUAACUAUAGAAACAACUAAGUACAUUACAAUAAAGGAGCUAUAAGAAUUGAAAUUAAUUAUGACAUCUAUUCCUCCGUCUCUGUCUGGUCCAGGAACUAAUUCCGAAUCCCCGGAUCCAAUAGUGUAUAAACCUUCUACUAUAGUUACUAUAUUUCUUACUAAAUUUGAUGUUAAGAAAGGGUAUAAUUUAGUAUGGUAUAAAUCAAGUAUACCUGAUUUUGAUAUCGAUGGUUUGGACUAUAAAGUUAUGCCUAGUGGGAUUCAGAAUAUGGAACAAUCAACUGUUUUAAUAAGUCAUUAUUCUAAUUCUAAAUUGUACUAUGGUUUAGGAUGUUUUCGACAAAUUAUUACCGAGACUCAUGAUCAUGAACUUAAUCAAAUCGAUAGAAAUGAUGUUCAUAUGUAUUCUAUAGGGAUCUUAUGUGAUCCAAUUGGUUCACCCAAUGAUAAUAAAGGAAAUUCCACUAAUUAUGGAUCAAUACCAGAACCUUCAUGGAAACCCAAUGAAUUUAUCAGUAAUGGAUGGGAAUAUAUUGAUAUACUUGAUUCAUCUUUAUUAAAUUAUAUUCAAUCUGAUGAUAAACAAUUGGAUAUAUUUGACAAAUUAUAUACUAAAUUAGUUACUUCUCCUGAUCGGUUAUUUACUAAUUCAUUCCUGUCACCUCCUAGUUCAAGUAAUUUAAUAAGUCCUAAUAUUAACAAUCAUUUAUUAACUAAAUUACCAGAUAUGUUACAGACUUUAGGUCCAUUAAUAUUUAUAGUAUACAAACAGGCAUUAUUGAGAAAGAAACUACUUAUCUUUAAUCAGUUGCAUCAACAAAAAUCACAAAAUGAUGAUAACAAUGAUGAUAAUGAUAAUGAUGAUGACGAUGAUGAUGAAACAAAUAGUGCUAAUGAUGAUACUAAUUAUAUUAUUAAUUCAUUCAAUUAUUUAAUCAGUUUAUUAUCUAUUGUACCUCAAGAAAUUAAAACUAUUUCUUCUGAACAAACACAAUCUCAUUCCUUCUCACAACCAAUUUAUAAUAUUGGAUUAAAUGAUAUGAAUACUCCAAAGGAUCAUAAGAGUUUAAUUGAUUUGAAGGCAUUUGUAGGUUCAACUAAUGAUGAUAUAUUAUUAUAUCAAAAGGGACUUUAUGAUAUUGCUGUUGUAAUUAAUGCUGAAACUCAAGAUAAUAUUAAAGUAGUUAAACUGGAAGAUAUUCAAAAUUAUAAAGAUAGUCGUAUUAAAGCUACUCUUAAAGAUUAUCAAAAAUUUAAAUUAAUAUAUCAAGAAUUAUUUAAUUCAGCUAAUGAUAGACCUUCAGUUACUGUAACUGAUCCAUCAUUACAUUCAGAACAAGUCAUUGAUAAUUCUACAAUUCCUACUGGACGAUCAUUAUCAACUUCAUCUAAAUUUCCUAAAAAUAAAAUCUUUACAAAUAUUAGUAAUAUGUCAACUGAUGAUUUAAAUUCUAUUAUGACUAAUAAAUCAUCUGAAACUAUUCCAACCCCUAAUCCUGAAUCCAUUGAAUUAAAGAAUUAUUAUAAUUCUAAAUGGGAAAUUGAACCUGAAUGGUGGUUAAAAUAUGCUACUGAAUCAGUAUCAUGGAGAGAAUCUAUUUGGUCAGCAUUCUCAUGGUUUGCAACUGCUGGACAGGUUGAAGGUCAAUCAUCUUUAUCAACAUUAAAGCAACAAUUAGAGGCUAAUACAACUACUAAUAUUGAUUUAAUGGAAUUGAUUCAAAUAGUUGGAUACUUUCAUAAAUUAACUAAGAAAUGGUUCUAUUUAAUUAAUGAGCUAGUUAUGGAUCAAGUAGAUCAAUUAAAGGAUUUCGAUGAUACAGAAGAAACUCAUGAAAAUAUCUUAUCAGAAGAUCAUGAUACACUUUUACAGAGUGACAAUAUUAAUAAGAAAUUUAGUAUUGAAUUAACUUAUCAGGACAUUGUAGAGAUGGAAUUAGAUCCCUAUUCGGAAUCAGACAUUGAGUUUGUUAAAGACUUUGUAGUAUUGUAUUGGGGGUCGGUAGUUGAUAAAGUAGAUAUAGGUAUUGGUAUAGGUAGUAUUUGUUGUUGAAUAUAUAGUGUGUGUGGUGUGAGGGUUAGCUUUAAUUAAGUUUGUAUAGUUUAUGUGCUAUUUCUUAGUAAAAUUGAUAAGACAAGUAGUACUGUAGAGUUCUGAGUUACAGAGUUCUUAUAGUUACGUAGUAGAAUUAUAAUGUAUGUGUUAAGUUGCAACAACUUACACUCACUCGGUGCUGAAGUCAGUAGGCCGGGCUUUGGCUUAGACGAGUGUGAUAGUGAGUGGUCAGUGUAUUAGUGAGCGUGAGCGUGAGGGUCUGACGAGUUGCAGCCUAACACUAAACCACACAAUUGCGCUAUACACUUCACUAUCAGUAAUAAACUUUCA